AUGUCUGGUAACGAGAGCCACAAUGGCGAGGGUCUCCAAUUAGUCCUACAUCUCAGCAACAAGCGUGUCCCCUCUCUUUCCGAUAUCCAGUUCGCCGACGACAACAUGGGUGCGUUCAGCGCUUUCGUUGCCCGCCGAAUGGAUCCCGAGGCCGCAGAGAAUAGCGGCCUGCGGAGAUGGCGCAGACGUGCGAAUACGGUCGCAAGAGGUAAGUUCGUUUCGUCUGGCAAGGCUUGGAAGGGCAGUGAUGCUGAUAUGGCAUCGCGCAAAGGUCACGACGGCCAGGACGUCAAGGAGUCUUGGGCCAGGCGUGCGGCGAAGGGUCUCUGGGGACGCCUCCAUAAACAUGACGGUCGAUCAAAGGAUGUGGAGGCGACUGGGACUGCGUUGAGGCUCGAGCCGGACAACAACCAUUCUACGGGGAUGAGUACACAGCUGCUGAUCUCUGCCCCUGUGGCUUCCCAUUCCGAUGACGUUCCGGAGAGUUCUAUCCGCGAUAACAAUGCGACUGCGAUUAAAGAUUCCGGAAAUGUACCAGCACCAGUACAGGAUGCGCAUGUAUGGCAGCACCUUGCAAUCGAAUCAUCCUCAUCCACAGCCGACACCGUCUCCUCCUCAACGACCAUUACCACCACCCACUUCGGAAGCCCACUGACACGCUUUCCUCAUCAUACACAUGCGCGAAGUCCCACACCCGACUGGAUCCCGGCUUCCACAAGUCCCCGUAUCUCGGACGUCUCUACCGCCAUCGAGUCGCCCUGGGGUUCUUAUCUAUCCGUUGACCCCCACCACGAGCUCAUCAACAGCAUCGAACGAUUCCAAUCCGCGCUUCUCGUGGACUCCAGCAUGAUUGACAACAUCUGCGGCGACGUACGAGAUAUACUUGAGAUAGCUAGCAAUAACUUGCUGACCGUCGGAUGCGACCUACAAAGGCUGCUGGUCAUCUGGCGUAAGAUCACCGGCAACGCAGCGAACGUUGCUGUGCUUGAGGCACUGUACCCGUGUGCCCUUGUAAGCAAGGAGCAUGUCGCAAAAGCUUGCGUAGACAUGAAGAAAGGGCUUCAGUCCUAUCGCGACUGGUCGGACAUUGUGGCUCGCAACAAGAGGAUAGCCCAAUCUCAGAACGCUAUCAGUCAUAUGUGGUGCGCAGCCUUAAACCAGAAGAUGAAAGCGCUCGACGUGCUCGAAGCGCUGGACUUUGACGAUGUUGCUGCUCAGAUGCCGCCGCACGUCGCCUUCACUGAGCAAGCGCCUGUUCUCUACACUGUCGCGACCAACAUCGCGAUACCCACAGUCAUGCCAGUCGCCUACGCCUACCGCACCCACGUCAAGGCUAUCACUCCCAGCAGCCUCGGUGCAACAUGGAAGCCAGUUUACGCCAGCCGUAGGAAGCGCCCCCAGCCAUGUUCAGCCUGCAACAGCUAG